GCUUCGAGGUGGGGGCUCGCUUGGCCCUUGUGGCGGGGCUUGGGCCCAGAGGAAGGACGAAGACUCGCGGGGCAGGCAUGCUAUCUUUGGCAAGGUGAAACUAAACUGGGGGGUUUGAAAGGGAGCUCUCCCUCUGAAUCAAGAGCUGGUUGUAGGCUGGGCCGCGGGAGAGUCUGAAGCAGAAGGGUUUCCCUCAGGAGGUGGAAACCAUCAUGAGCUGUAGCAGAUCAAGUGGAGACUUGGAAGAGCAAAGCUGCAAGAAUGAACACUUCCUUUAUUUUGCCUAUGGUAGUAACUUACUGCGAGAGAGGAUAAUGUUAAGAAACCCGUCUGUGGUUUUUCUUAGCCUUGCUCACUUGCUGGAUUAUAAACUUGCUUUUGGCUCUCAUCAAGGCAAACCAAGCUCUCAGUGGCAUGGAAGUACUGCGACAAUUGUUUAUACUCCUGGUGAUGAAGUGUGGGGAGUAGUAUGGAAAAUGAGCUCUAAUGAUUUAUGUUCUCUGGAUAGACAAGAGGGAGUUGAAGAUGGUAUUUAUGUCCCCAUAGAAGUUGCCGUUCAGACUCAAGAAGGGAAAGUAAUUCAGUGUCGAAGUUACCAAAUGGAUGAUUUUGUCUAUGGUCUUCCUUCCCCACAGUACAAAAAGGUCAUCUGUAUGGGUGCAAAGCAGAAUGGCUUGCCAGUGGAAUAUCAGGAGAAAUUAGACUCCAUAGAGACUAACAACUAUACAGGACUUGUGCCAGUGUUUGAAGAAAUAGAAGCUUCCCUCAGGGCAGCUGAGAAAACAAAAUAAUAAAUAGCUUCUAAUAAUUUUA